AUGAAGAGCCAAGAGCCUCGGUCGAGCUCCUCUUGCGCGGCCUGCAAGUUCUUGAAAAGAAGGUGCACCUCAAACUGUCAGUUCGCUCCCUACUUCAGAGCCGACGAGCCCAGAAAGUUCGCCAAAGUCCAUAAGGUCUUUGGAGCAAGCAACGUGAGCAAAAUAUUGAAUGAAGUCCCAGAGGACAGGCGUGAGGACACUGUGAACUCGCUCGUUUAUGAAGCAGAGGUGAGGCUCCAAGACCCAGUCUAUGGUUGCAUAGGGGCUAUAGCCUCUCUGCAGCACAGAAUGGUGGAGCUACAGCAUGAUCUUAUACUGGCGCGCGCUCGUCUUGCAGGCUGCGUGGAAAAACUGCCGUCCUCUUUUUGGGAAGACCGUUUUACUAAUAGUAUCACGACUUUUGGGAAUAUUCAUGGGUCGGCCGAUGGUUUUGAGAAUAAUCCGUUGCCGUUGGAUCAAUGUGGUGGUCCGUUUCAUUAUCCGUGA